AUGGCAUCCACAACCGAACUCGCAUCCUCCUUCAUCGAGGGUGCCCCGCCCGGCGAGCUCGCAGACGUCGUCGCAGACGUCAAGGCUCUCACCUCCGACGGUCCCGACAUCAUCCCCUCCCUCGCACCGGCCUUCGAGCGCUACAAUGAGACACAGCUGACGACCGUGAAGCUUCCCGGUGCGAGCCAGGAGGUCCUGAUCAGCGAAUACAACAAGCUCGAGGGAAACCGGUACUUCGAUGUGGAAAGUCAGACGUCGUUUGAGGUGGACCAUGUCACGCAGGAAGCAUCGGCAGCACAGUCAUACGUCCUGGAGUCUCAGAAUGCAGAUUUGAUCAAAUCUCUCCUCAAGUCCCUCUCCGCACACGCCACCGAACACUACCGCACCUGCAGCUACGGCGUCUACCCGAUCGAGGACGAUACCGCUGUGGCCAUUGUCCUCGUUGCGAACCGCUACUCGCCCAAUAACUUCUGGAACGGUCGCUUCCGCGCCAUCUACACUCUCCCCGUGAACUCCUCUUCGACCACCAUCUCCGGCCAGAUCAAGGUCGAUGUGCACUACUAUGAAGACGGCAACGUGGCUCUCAACACCAACAAGCCGGUGAAUCUGUCGGUGCCAUCCGUGGAUGCCAGUUCCAUCAUCUCGCGCAUCGCGGCUGCGGAGCGGGAUUACCAGGAGGAGUUGAACCGGGCGUUUGUGAGCACGGCCGAGGGAGUAUUCAAGGGGCUGCGGAGACAGUUGCCGAUCACACGGCAGAAGGUUGAGUGGGAGAAGGUCGGAGGAUACCGGCUGGGACAGGAUAUUGCGGGAGGACGGUGA